AUGCUGAAACUCCUCCGUGAAUACACGGCCCCCAACCCCCCGUUAAUCGUCCUGGUCUUCCUGCUUUUUUCCCUCCCACUAUCCCUCUGCCAAACAGCCCAACUACCCUCCCGCGCCAAAACAGGCAAUCCCAUCAUAGAAGGCUGGUACGCUGAUCCGGAACUUCGCAUCUACGGGGACGCCUUCUACCUCUACCCCACCACCUCCACCAGUUUCAACAACCAGACAUUCUUCGACGCCUUCUUCUCGUCCGACCUGCUCACCUGGCAACGCGCCGGCCGCAUCCUCGACUUCGCUGAUGUACCCUGGACCACCGACCGCGCCGCCUGGGCCCCUACCGUCGGCUACAAGGACGGCUCAUACUUCCUCUACUACUCCGCCGGAGACGGUGUCGGCAUAGGCGUCGCUGUUUCCAAAUCGCCAGCGGGACCCUUCAAGGAUGUAUUGGGUCGGCCGCUGAUUGGCGAUUAUGUAUUUGGCGCGCAGCCCAUCGAUGCGAUGGUGUUUAUGGAUGGGCAGGGGGAUGGGGAGGGCCGCGGCGAGGGGAGAAAUUAUCUGUAUUGGGGCGGUCGGGGACAUGCGGUUGUGGGCGAGUUGGCGGAUGACAUGGUGUCGUUCAAGGGCGGUUUCAGAGAAGUGACUCCCGAGAAAGCAUGGGGAGAUCCGUCCUACGCUGUCAAAUAUGUCAAAGGCGACAGCCCACUCGGCCCUUUCAGCGGACCCUCCAAACUGAUCCUCAGCAGCGAUCCAGCCAUCGGCACAAGCACAGGCCAUAACAGUGUGUUCAAUGUCGGCGACGAGUACUACAUCGUUUAUCAUCGGCGGCCUCCGGGAGAUGGUGCACGCGAUCACCGCGUCGUGUGCAUUGAUCGGAUGUAUUUUACUGACAGCGGGGAGAUUGAGGUCGUGAAGAUUACGAAUGAGGGGGUGGACGGGGUUACGUUGAAAUGA